AUGUCAGAUGCCUCUCAAGAUGUGGAUGUGUGGAACCACACUCCGAUUAAAUAUUUCAUUAUCAAAGGCAUUACUGAUGCUCCAGGGCUCCAGGCCUUGGUUUUUCUUUUUGCUCUGUUCAUUUAUCUGGUUACAGUUACUGGUAACAUGUUUAUCCUCUUCUUGGUGUGCCUGGAUACUAGUCUUCACACCCCAAUGUACUUUUUCUUGGGCAACUUAUCAUUCCUUGAUGUGUUUUGCCUGACAAUCACUCUUCAUAAAAUCCUUUUGUCUUACAUGUCUGGAGAUAAAACUGUUUCUUUUGCCAACUGCAUGUCACAAAUGUACAUCUUUUCUACUUUGACAUGCAGCGAGCUCCUUAUACUGACAGCCAUGGGUUAUGACCGUUACAUUGCCAUUUGCAACCCCUUGCUCUACCACAUCAUCAUGAACAGCAGAGUUUGCGUUCUCUUGGCCAUCGUUUGUUGGGUUUUGGGUUUUGUAGAAGUUAUACCUCACAUGUGGGCAAUAUCUAGAUUCUCGUGCUACAAGUCAAAUGCUAUCAAUCAUUACUUCUGUGACAUCUUGCCAAUCAUGAAACUAUCCUGCAGUGACACCACCCUGCUGAAGCUCAUAAUAUUCAUUGAGGGGCUCUUGGUAGUAAGCUUCACCCCCUUCCUCCUUACCUUCAUCUCCUACAUCUUCAUCAUAGCCACCAUACUUAACAUACAUUCAAGCACUGGAAGACGCAAAGCCUUCUACACUUGUUCCUCACACCUCACUGUUGUUAUAAUUCUGUACGUGAGUCUCGUCUGCCAGUAUCUAAGGCCAAAGUCAACUGACACCUUGGACUCCAACAAACUAUUCUCUUUGUUUAACACAGCCGCAGUCCCUGUCCUCAAUCCGUUUAUAUACAGCUUGAAAAAUAAAGAUGUGAAGUCAGCGGCAAGAAGGCAAUUGAAGUGGUUAAUGCAAUAAGCAAAGUGUUUUAAAUUUUUACUGGGGUUGUAGUAUAUGGAACAGGAUCAGA